UGAGCUGAUGCGGAGGGUACGGCCACCCCACUUCUGCCUCCUCCUCCCCCUGCCGCCGCUGCCCUAGCACACGCGCGCGCACACACGGCACUUGGGCCGGGUUUCCGCGCUCUGUCCCCCGGCUUGGAUGGGAGUUUUCAUUUCCUAAGGAGGCAGAGCCGGGGGAGCGCGCUGAAGGGCUGGAGCCCCAAGUUUCUCCUCUCCAGCGCUGGCCGCCCGCUGUCACUCGCUCUGGCUGGCCGGGGGAAGGGACCCGCACGCCAGGCUUUGUUGUGGAAAUCCCGGUUACCUGGCUAAUAAAGCACACCAUGGAUAACUUAUUGGACUUUGCCUGAAAGGAAUCAUUAGUGUCAUUGGAUAUUUGACCAACCUGGCUACAGGUUUUGUCAGAAUGAAUGGAAGGUCAUGCAGCAUGAAUCUCCACCGGACAUCAGGAACCCUACAGGGGCUUGGGAUGGUCAGUGGCCAACACAUUCCUCCCAUUCGAGCCCAUUUGGGGACUCCUGGGCCCUCGUCCUAUGGCAGCACACCAAGCCCUGCCAUUGGAAGCUUUGCUAACAGCCUCCAUCUCAAGAUGCCCUCAGGAGGAGGGAUGGCUCCUCAGAGCAACAUGAAUGAGAGCCCCAUCCAUCUGCCUGCCUUGAGCCCCAGAGGACAAGUGCUCACCAGUGGGAAGCCACGAUUCCAGGUCACCCAGGCUGGAGGCAUAUCAGGGCCACACACUUUAAAGCCAAAGCAGCAGGAGUUUGGAAGCCCCUUUCCUCCAAAUUCUGGGAAAGGGGCUCUUGGCUUUGGGCCUCAGUGCAAGUCCAUUGGAAAAGGCAGCUGCAACAAUCUAGUGGUCACCAGCAGUCCCAUGAUGGUUCAGCGACUGGGACCCAUUUCACCACCAGCAAGCCAGGUCUCUACAGCAUGCAACCAGAUCAGUCCUAGCUUACAGAGGGCAAUGAAUGCAGCCAACCUGAAUAUACCUCCUUCAGAUACCAGGUCCCUUAUUUCGUGUGAGUCUUUGGCGUCCUCAACCUUGAGUCUGACAGAAAGUCAGUCAGCCUUGAGCGUGAAACAAGAGUGGUCUCACGGCUACAGGGUUCUCCCUUCGCUCUCCUCCAACCACAGCUCUCAGAAUGGCAUUGAUCUAGGGGACCUCCUUAGCCUUCCACCUGGGACAGCCAUGUCCAGCAACAGUGUCUCUAACUCAUUGCCAUCAUACCUUUUCGGGAUGGAAAAUAGCCACUCUCCUUACCCUAAUCCCCGGCACUCUUCGGCCAGGUCCCACUCGGCCCGCUCCAAGAAGAGAGCAUUGUCCUUGUCCCCGUUGUCGGAUGGCAUUGGGAUAGACUUCAAUACCAUCAUCCGCACUUCGCCCACGUCCUUGGUCGCCUACAUCAACGGGUCGAGGGCUUCUCCCGCCAACAUGUCCCCACAGCCUGAGGUCUAUGGGCAUUUCCUGGGGGUGCGGGGCAGCUGUAUUCCUCAGCCAUGCUCCAUGCCAAGCAGUCAGAAGGGUAUGCGGGUGGCUAGCGGCGGCCUGGCUCUCCCCGCCUACGACGAGGAUGGCGCGCUGGAGUAUGAGCGCAUGCAGCAGCUGGAGCACAGCGGCCUCCAGCCCGGCCUGGUCAGCAACAUGGUGGUACAGCACGGCCUGCCAGACUCCGACGGCCAGCCGGCCGGCCUGCUGAAGACGGAGCGCCUGGAUGAUUUCCCAGGCGGCGCUCUGGAGUUGCCCCCGGCACCCCCUCUGCCGCCUCUGCCUCCGCCACCCCAAGGCCCCCCGCCCCCCUACCACGCCCACCCGCACCUGCAUCACCCAGAACUUGUCCAACACGCCCAACCACUGGCCCUACCUCAGGCCGCCCUGGAGGAGGAUGGGGAGAUGGAUGACGUUGGGGGCAAGCACUGCUGUCGCUGGAUCGACUGCAGCGCCUUGUAUGACCAGCAGGAGGAACUUGUGCGGCACAUCGAGAAGGUUCACAUAGACCAGCGCAAAGGGGAAGACUUCACUUGUUUCUGGGCCGGUUGUCCUCGAAGGUACAAGCCAUUCAAUGCCCGCUAUAAACUGCUGAUCCACAUGAGAGUCCACUCGGGGGAGAAGCCCAACAAGUGUUCGUUUGAAGGUUGCAAGAAGGCCUUUUCACGGCUCGAAAAUCUCAAGAUUCAUUUGCGGAGCCACACAGGCGAGAAGCCGUAUUUGUGCCAGCAUCCGGGCUGUCAAAAGGCGUUCAGUAACUCCAGUGACCGCGCCAAGCACCAGAGGACACAUCUGGACACUAAACCUUAUGCUUGUCAAAUUCCAGGAUGCACCAAACGCUACACAGACCCAAGUUCCUUAAGAAAGCAUGUGAAGGCACAUUCUUCCAAAGAUCAACAAGCAAGGAAAAAGCUGCGGUCCAGUGCAGAGCUCCAUGCUGACCUGCUCACAGAUUGCCUCACCGUGCAGCCCCUGCAGCCCGCCACUUCCCCACGAGACGCUGCCGAUAGGGCCGUGGAGUGCUCCCCAGGGUCCGGGCCUGACCUCUAUCCAGCUUCCAUUUUCUCCAGCAAUCACUCAAGCCGAAGCGGAACAGCUGCUGGGGCCGUGCCACCCCCACAUCCUGUCAGUCACCCUUCUCCGGGACAUAAUGUACAGGGGAGCCCCCACAACCCCUCCUCCCAGUUACCUCCACUCACAGCUGUGGACGCGGGAGCUGAGAGGUUUGCACCUUCUGCUCCAUCUCCUCACCACAUCAGCCCCCGGAGAGUUCCAGCUCCUUCUUCAAUAAUGCAGAGAACACAGCCUCCCCAUACCCAGCAGCCCUCAGGAUCACACCUGAAGUCUUAUCAGCCAGAAACAAACUCUUCUUUUCAACCAAAUGGAAUCCAUGUCCAUGGAUUUUAUGGGCAGCUGCAGACAUUCUGCCCCCCACAUUACCCUGACUCUCAGAGAACCAUGCCGCCUAGCAGCUCCUGCAGUGUGGUGCCUUCCUUCGAGGACUGCCUGGUCCCCACGUCUAUGGGCCAGGCUGGCUUUGACGUUUUCCACAGAGCCUUCUCAACUCACUCGGGCAUUACAGUGUGUGAUCUGCCUUCGGGUUCCUCAAGCCUCUUUGGGGAGUCUCUUCGCAGUGGACCUGAAGACACCACAUUCUUACAGGUCAGCGCUGUGGACCGCUGUCCUAGCCAGCUCUCCUCCGUCUAUACUGAAGGCUAAAACUCCCCUGACCUCCACUACCACUGGCGUCCAGAAUCUUCCUGUUCCUUGCCACCUUUUGUUCUUAUACUUUCACAGACUGUAAGAAAAAGGAUGUCAAGUGAAUCAGCGGAACCUGCCAAGUCACAGCUGUGUCUUUGGAGGGCAGGGCUGGAUGGUCAGAGCUGGGCUUUGUAGGCAUUUGCAGCUGCUCCUUUUUCUCUCUGGGUUUGCCGGUGACCAGCAGGACUGUUUUUUCAAAGGGAAUUCAGAGUCUCACUCUGCCGGAUACCUGUUACUUCCUGGCUGUCAGCCUUCAAGGACACCAGUGAGAUGAUGUGCAUGUGAAAAUAUAAUUUGGGGAUCACCCUGGCUGAAAACUCCAAAUAGGGGAGGACAACCCAAAUUGCCAGGGGCACGGUGAACUGCCUCACCCAAGAGCCAAGCACAGCAAGGGAAAUCCACUUCCAAAGCACAGCAUGGGCUCGACUCUUGGAGGAGCCCCAGGUUUCCCAGCACUGGCCUGGCAUCCAGUGAGCUGGCUGCCUCUCUCCUCUUAGAUAUUCCCAUGCUAACCAGUUGCUUUUCAGUGUUUCUGCAAAAGCAAAAUGAGAGGGUUCUGUCAAGCACAGGCCCUUGAAAAGCACUACAACUUAUUUUAUAUUCCUGCAACUGUAGUUCUUUGAUUUUAAAGACUUGUUAUUUACAUCUACUCUUAAAGGAAAAAAAAUAUUUAGAAGUCUGUUCUUUGGAUAGAAAGAAUUAUUUUAAUCACCCCAGCUGCGUCCAUCUUGCCUCCGCUGGCCUCUGCUUGGCCCCGGCUCACAGCACCUGCAAGCGCCUGCAAUGUUAGUUGUGCAUUCAGCACAGGCUACCUGAGGGGCAUGGGGUGGCCACCUCCUUCCCAGUGCUGCCACAGAGACCCUCAUGGGUUGACUGUUCAACGACUCCACCUGGAAGACUUUAUUCAAAGGAAAAGGUCACUUGACUGGUUCACCUGUGACCUUGGAUCCGGUGCUCUGCCCGGAGACCUGCUAGAAGCUGUAGAGAGCAGGUACACACGGAGGUGUGCUCUUGGGUUCUCUCAGAAAACCAAACUAGAGAUGCCUGAUGUCCAGCGACUUUGCACAGCCUCUGCUCCGUCCGUCAGGAUCUCCUCUCCCCUGUCUGUCUGUCGAUCCCUUGCCUUUCUUCUCUCCCUCUUUUUGCAUGGCUCUCACCCUCUUCUUGACUGUGAUUCAGACAUGCCCACCACCCGCCAUUGCCUGCCCCUCAGCUCUGAGCAAGGUCUGGCCUCAGGCAGGUAGAGGGGACAGUUCUGGAAAGGUGGCCGGAAGGAAGCAACCUUUUUAUCUGAAACUCUGUUUCGAGGGCCAGGAUUUUUCCCAGAGCUCUUGGCCAUUUGAUCUCAAACCUAAAUAGGAAGCUGUUUUCUGUGACACCUUUACCAAGCUAUUAAAAUGAUUUGGAGUCCUAUGACAUAGGCAAUAAAAAAUGCCAAACCCCCAAAACAUCUGGUAAAUUCUGACAUUCCAGUACUAUCACAUCUCAUGGUUUCUUUUCUCUCUCUUUAAAAAUGUUCUCUGAAGAGAAAUGAAACAAUGCUAUUUGUCAAACUGAGAUAAUUACAAUCUUCAACAAGACAUUUAACAGCUUGGUGUCAGACUUGGGAUAUGGUGACAGUUUGUAUCCCAGAGAUGAACGUGUCCUUCCAGUCUGGCUGCACAGUCUGCAGGGUAGUGUUCUGCCUGAUUCCUGACUUCAUUCCGACAUGCGGUAGAAUCAGGUCAAUAGAGAACCAAGUGUGGGGUCCGUUUUGACAGUGCACUCAGUCAAUCUAGUUUCUCUGGUUAGUGGGCUCUGAUCUGAGAAGAGCCAUCACACAGAUGUCCAUGUCUGCAAAAGAGACAAGUUAUCCACUUUACAAAAAUCUGCUCUGCUUUACGAAAGGAUGCACAUCCGUCUUUCUUCCCAAAUGAGCUCUCAGACGGCACACAAAGUCCCACUCUUCUGGCAGGCUUUGUGGGUUGCAUCACUUGGCCUAAACAGGGACCGUGUCCUUUGUCACACCCUACAGAGAAGGGAAGGCUCUGGUAUCUUAGAAAGACAAUCUAUUCAUUCUAAAUUCUGGAGCCUCUACAGGGAACUCAAAACACAUUUCAUUUGUGUGAAUAGGAGGAAAAAGAUGGAAAGACAAGGUUGUUACUGCAGCUGAUGUUGUCAGCCUGCCUACAGCUUCUUGCUAUAAUUUAAGGUGAAAACAGGGAAGGACGACAAAGCCAGAAGCUGAGCCUCAGAAACUUUGGCUGGAGGAGACACCCCUGUGCAUCUCUAUCUCCCCGUUGGCCUCCCUGAGCCCAAGGGAGCCAGGGUGUGCCAGGCGGCAGCCCCACCUGUGGGGCCUCCCUCCCCCAGGAAUUGGCAGAGGGAGCGGGCCCAGUGCAGCCUGCAAGGCCGAUGCCCCUCACGCCCCCUUCGUGUUUCCCCUCGUUUCCCAGCUCAGGGACCCAGGACGUGACACUUCCAGGUUCCUUCUAGACAACACACACUGUCCUUAGAUUCCAGAAUCUCACCUGACCUUAAAAUUUGUUUCUUGCUUGCCUUCACAUUGCACAAGAUUUAUAUAUGCUUUCAUCAUUAUGUCUGUAGCAGUAAAAGUGGAAACUUCAAAAAACUCAUUCCCAUCCAUUUCCUGGUCUUUUUACUCUUGAUAUGUAACCAUUUUCAUAAAACAUAUGAACAGAGAUUGUCAUUCCCCUUUAAAAAAAAAAAACAAAACUGAUGCUUGUGAAAAUACACACAGCCCAAAGCCAAUUAUCCUAUAACAUUAAAAAAAAUCAGUAUGCCUAGAGACAUUGCGUUUGUUGCAUUGUCUUAAUUCCCUAAAGGGACUGCAUCAAAAUGUAAGUUGUAAUUUAGCCUGUGAUCAGCUGUUAAAUAUUAUUUAAAUACUUACUAGUCCUGUGGGGUUAUCUUCCAUUAUCCAUGUCUCCCCCAAAUUAUUUAGGUGAUUCUAAAAUGAACAAAAGGUCUUCAAUCACAGCAAAGUUUCCACUGAUGAAACAGAGCUUUGGUGUUGUUCUGUUGUUUUUAAAUUAGCAGCUGUCAAGCACAUUAGUGUACUAGAACAGAGGUAAGUGUUCAACCCCCUAUCCAAGAGCCUUGCUUCCCAGUUGCCUUGAAGUAUUGGGAAUAGGAAUUGUAAAUGUCCAAUUUAAUUAUUUGGUAUUUUAUUUGACUGUUUUGACCAUGUCAUUUUAUAGCAGCAUUUUUAAUGGCACUUUUUGUUGGUGGUGUGGAAUUUCUGCGGUUACAUUUUUUUUAUUUUUGCAAUGAGUAAAGCGAAAAAAAAAAAAACUCAUUGGAGAGAUGGUGAGUGUAAAAAAGAAGAGAUUUAUUUUGUACAGACAGCAGAGCAUCCUGUGUAAUGUUGCUGACAUAAAGCACUUUGGGGGGGUGCGGGGGAGUGGAAAUCUGUUUUCCAUAAAUCACACAGACUCUUGUACAUAGUUAUAUACACUCACGUAGAGAAGUGAACUACAUAUAUCAUACUGGAUAUGGGGCUGAUUUUACUCUAGGGGCACAUCUGGUGCUUAUUGUCAUAAAUCUUUUAAAGAAUUAGGUACACUUUUUUUCUAUUAAUAUGUAUAGUUUUGUGAUUUGUCACAGUUAUGUUUCAUAUAAUCAUAAGUUAUUUUGUCUUGUUUCAUGAAGUCCUUUUUUUAUGUCGAAAGUAAAAUGAAGGGAUUGUGCACUUGGUACAUAAUAAAACUGGAAACAGAGGAUGCACCCACCUGCCUGAAAUCCUCCUUCAGCCUGUCGUUUUAAAACACAACGGCAACAGCCAUUGUUUGUUUGUUUGUUGUAUUAUUUUGUUUAGUUUUACCAUCCGCCUCCCUCAUAUUGGGUUGGUAAUUAUAAUUAAAAGCAGAUGGGCGUGGGGGAGGGCGUGUCCAAGGCCAGUUUUAAAAUGCCGCAUCGCUUUGGGCCAGAGCUGCAGCCUGGAUUUAAUGAUAGAUAUGAGGACGAAAUGGCAGUAAAAAUGAAUGUGUCCCUGAAUCCUUUACA